CCAAUUGAAUCAGGUAAGGAGAAAGAUCAGGUCAGAGUGACUGAUAAAUUCUGCCUUGAGUCUCCAGGCCGAUUUGCAGAGUGUUUUCCCCACCUGGAUGCUGGACCCAACUCCUAAGGAUCAGUGCAGCACAGGGACAGCCCCACAGGGUUAUUCUCUUCAUCCAGAUUGCGCAGUCGUCAGCACAGCGGUUUAGCCAACUCCAACACUCCACUGCCGCAGCCGGUAAUGUCAUUCUCGCGUCUAAUUCACGCGAGACUUGAUACGGAGGUUGCGCCAGCUGAGGUAUGUAUGAAAUUUCUAUGCAGGAUUUUCUGACUGAUCGAGCUAAGGCAGCCCGGUCUCCUUCGCCCAACGAUGAAGCCCCAGCACAUCCACUGCUGCGGCCAACAGCUGGAUGCCCAAAAUGGCAGGGUUGUCCCCGCGGCUGCGGGCGUGUUAUGGAUGGUGCAUUGCGAGAGAUGCCGGCCAUGGUAGACACUUAUAAUGCCAGCACUUUGUCUUUCUUUCUUCACCUGGGAUGCCCUCUUCUGUCUCUUCAAUCAGAUUCACACCCAAAGCGGAAGGCAUUGGUGCCAGCAUCGGCCGCAGAGGACGAGUCAACGUGGACAAAGGAGUUCAGCACUGUACCGGCGGUACUUCGUACAUACACACAUGCACACAUUCGAGUCGAGACUAUCGACACCGCAAAUCCAUCUGAUCUGAGGUGGCCCCAGCCCAGGUUGUUUCCCAGUGGCUUGGCGUUUCUUCGACCCACAUCGCUCGAAUAUCUGACGAGCGCCAUCGCUGAGCGUCUCGUACUCGGUCUCCACCACCUUACCUUACCCCCCGGCCUCCUUUUGUUCAGGUACUCUUUAUGAAGGAGCACAACCUCCAUUGACUGAUGCUUCGAUCUUCAUUCUCUCCGCUGUUCAAAUAGUCCACAGCUACCGCCCUUUCCGCACCGUGACGCUUUCAGCUUCCUCCGCUUCGGCGCAGGCUUGCGUGUUACUCGAAAGCUCGUGUUCGGCCCUUCCCUGGUCUG